GCAAGAUGGCGGCGACGGCGGCCGCGGUGGUCCCCGAGGAGGACACGGAGCUGCGGGAUCUGCUGGUGCAGACGCUGGAGAACAGCGGGGUCCUGAACCGCAUCAAGGCCGAGCUCCGAGCGGCUGUGUUCCUGGCACUGGAGGAGCAGGAGAAGGUGGAGAACAAAGCUCCUUUAGUCAAUGAGAGCCUGAGAAAGUUUCUGAAUACGAAGGAUGGCCGGCUCGUGGCCAGCCUGGUGGCAGAGUUUCUUCAGUUUUUCAACCUUGACUUCACCCUGGCUGUGUUCCAACCUGAAACUAGCACGUUUCAAGGUCUAGAAGGCCGAGAGAACUUAGCCCGCGAUUUAGGUAUUAUCGAGGCAGAAGGCACUGUGGGUGGGCCCUUGCUGCUGGAGGUGCUUCGACGCUGCCAGCAGAAGGAGAAAGGUCCCCGCAGUGGAGAAGGUGCACUCGAUCUGUCUGACAUACAUUCUCCACCGAAGUCACCAGAUGGAAAAUCCAGUUCCCACCGCACACCCAGUAAGAUACCAAGGUAUCAAGGACCAGGCAAGAAGAAGACAGGCAGGCAGAAGGCUGGUGACCAGAAGGCCAGCAGUGAGGCCAGUCACAGUGACACCAGUGUCUCCUCGUCAGAACUGAAGAGCCAUGAGGCCAAGGCCGGGUCUCUCCUGGGCAGCAGGCCUGCCGACGCCACAGACAAGGCUGGCCUCCGUCCAGAUGAAGACGACGUGGAAGGGGACUCUUUCUUCGAUGACCCUAUUCCUAAGCCAGAGAAAACCUACGGCUGGAGAAGUGAAGCCCGGAGGCCUGUGGCAGGCCUGGCCUCGCUCUCGGACGCGCCCCCCUUGCGGGGUGGACUCGGCCUGGAGGGAGCCCCCUCCUUGAAGGACUCCGAGGGUAAAAGAGGAAGCAGCAUUUUGAAAGAUCUGAAAAUAGUCAAUGAUAAAAUCGGAUCUCUUGGAUUAGGGCCUGGAGAAGAGGACUACGUAGACGAUUUCAAUAGUACCAGCCAUCGCUCAGAGAAGAGCGAGCUAAGCAUCGGGGAGGAGAUUGAAGAGGACCUCUCCGUGGACGUGGACGACAUCAACACCAGUGAUAAACUCGAGGACCUCACCCAAGACCUGACCGUGUCUCAGCUCAGUGACGUCGCUGAUUACCUGGAGGAUGUGGCCUAGCCCCCCCUGUCCCCGGAAGUGGCUCUAAGCAGGACCGGGCGUCCUGUGCGGCGAGUCGCAGUUCAGCGGCGCUGUGCCGGCUCCCCGUUGGUGCCUUGGGCUCAGACUGCAGCUAUUUUGGAAGAUGAAGUUUUCAGUUUACUAAACAAGAUGCCUAUGUGAGUGUGGGGGCGUCAGUGUCUCACUCGGGCUGGGCCACGCGUCUCGGUGGACGCCGUGGGGAGGGCGGCAGGAGCGUGGGGGUGUGCUGAGCCACAGACAAGGCUGUGGGGCUGCUGGCCGAGGGUGUACCCACUCUGCGUGGGCAGCUCACCCCACGGUGUGUUCACAGGCACGCAGGUCUACACACACUCGGCCAGGUGACCCAUGAAUUUGAAAUAGAAGCACAUUAAUGUAAGUUAGACUUGAUGUGUCUUUAUUCUGUAUUUUCUUCCGUUUGGAAGGUGUGUUAGACCAUUAAGGUUGUAUUAAAUUACUCGUGUGUACUGUUUAGUUUUGCUUGAUUUAAAGAAACAUGAGAAUGUCAGCACAUCCCUCACGGCCAUUGGCAGCACGUGUGUCAGCGCGGUUGCUCCUGCAGUCCGGCAGCGGCCCCUGGCGCAGCGCCCAGCGCCCAGCGCCCAGCCCCGCACACGCUGCUGCCGGGAGGGCCCCGAGCCCCUGGCCCCGGGCCCUCACUUGAGAUCGCAGGUGAACACAGAAGUCCAGUUGCGACGAACUAGGUGUCAGGGCCUGAGACCCGAGGGAGUAAGGCAGGGGUCGGUUCACCCUUCCAAAGCUGAGCCUGGCUGUCCUGUGGCUGCCCUGUGGUGUGGGUCACUGACCUUUGCAAUGGAAAAGGGCAAGCAGGGAAACAAAUCAAAGUGAUGCAUGCAUAUUCCUAUUU